CUGCAUAUGAACAAGAUGUCUAUGAAAUGGCUCUCACUUCUGCUGCUGCUACAAUUGGCUUGCUACUUUAGUUCUGGAAGCUGCGGAAAGGUCCUGGUGUGGCCAAUGGACUAUAGUCAUUGGAUGAAUAUGAAGACAAUUCUUGAUGAACUUGUCACAAGAAGUCAUGAGGUGACUGUUUUGACACCUUCAGUUUCCACUUUCAUUGAUCCCAAAAAAACAUCUCUCAAAUUAGUGACUUUCCCUCUAUCUUUAAUUAAAGAAGAAAAUGAGAAUUUUCUCAAACUUUUCAUUGAGAAAUGGAAGCAUGCAGUGAGAGACUCCUUUUGGAACCAUCUUUCAACAGUGGAAAGUUUAUCUUGGGGAUAUUCUGAUAUUUUAAUGAAGACUUGUAGAGAAGUUGUUUCAAACAAGGAACUUAUGGUAAAACUGCAUGAAGAAAGGUUUGAUGUCAUUUUUGCAGAUGCUGUUGGACCCUGUGGUGAGCUGCUGGCUGAGAUACUUAAAAUACCAUUCAUGUACAGUCUCUACUCCACACCUGGAUCUUCAGUUGAAAAGAAGAGUGGAAGGCUUCCAUUCCCACCAUCCUAUGUACCUGUUAUGUUGUCAGAAUUAAGUGAUCACAUGACAUUCAUGGAGAGGGUCAAAAAUAUGAUAUAUGCACUCUAUUUUGAAUUCUGGUUCCAGGCAUACAAUGAGAAGAAGUGGAAUCAGUUUUACAGUGAAGUACUAGGGAGGCCCACUACACUAGUUGAGACAAUGGGGAAAGCUGAAAUGUGGCUCAUUCGAAACUAUUGGGAUUUUUCAUUUCCUCGCCCACGGCUACCAAAUUUUGAAUUUGUUGGCGGCAUCCACUGCAAACCUGCCAAAUCCCUGCCUAAGGAAAUGGAAAAGUUUGUGCAGAGCUCUGGAGAACAUGGUAUUGUGGUGUUUUCAUUGGGGUCAAUGGUCAGUAACAUGUCAGAAGAAAGAGCCAAUGUGAUUGCUUCAGCUCUUGCCCAGAUUCCACAAAAGGUUCUAUGGCGAUAUGAUGGCAAAAAACCAGACACCCUAGGACCCAAUACUCAGCUGUAUAAGUGGCUCCCCCAAAACGACCUUCUUGGUCAUCCAAAAACCAAAGCCUUUGUAACUCAUGGUGGAAGCAACGGCGUUUAUGAGGCCAUCUACCAUGGGAUCCCUAUGGUGGGCCUUCCUUUGUUUGCUGAUCAACCUCAUAACAUUGUUCACAUGAAGGCCAAGGGAGCUGCUGUCAGAUUGGACUUGGAAACAAUGUCAACAGAAGAUUUGCUCAAUGCAUUGAAGGAGGUCAUUAAUAAUCCUUCCUACAAACAGAAUGUGAUGAGGUUAUCAGCCAUUCAUCAUGAUCGGCCUGUAAAGCCCCUAGACCUAGCAGUCUUCUGGAUUGAGUUCGUCAUGCGCCACAAAGGAGCCAAGCACCUGCGACCAGCUAUCCACAACCUCACCUGGCUCCAGUACCACUCUCUGGACAUGAUUGGGUUUCUGCUAGCCUGUGUAGCAACUGCUGCAUUUGUUGUCACAAAGUGUUGCCUGUUUUGUUACCGGAAGUUUGCUGGCAAAGGAAAGAAGGGGAAAAGAGACUAG